UUCAUUCAUUUGUAUUUAUUUUGUUUGUCUUUUUGAAAGAAAGUAAACCAACUUUGAUUCCCGCUGAAAUAAUUUUCUGAAUAUUUCACGCAAUGCACAAAUUGUGAUCAGUACUUUUGAAGGAUUACACUAACUAAAAUGCAUAAGAACUCUGAUUUAGUUGAAAAAUUCGAGGAAAUAUUGGAACAGCAGAAGGCUAGAAGGUCUAUAAGGCUCUAUAAUUCCAGUUACAAUGAAAAUAAGUCUUGUGUUCACAAUGAUUGCCCUAAGGAUAUCAUUCGUCAUAUUUCCGCCCAAAUAAAAGCCAUACAGAAUGCAGAUUGUGUGGUGAAAAGUAAAAAUGUUAACAAAGACCUGGCAAAAUACAAAACGAAAAGCUUUUUACCUGUAAAUUUGAUACAGUCACCUGAGGUACGGCAGAAAAAGUCAGCUAAAUUUGAAACACAAUUUGUGUUAGAUACACAAUUAAUGAGUGUUAUAGAAGAUGUGGAAGCUAUGAAUUCUCAUAAAGGGAUUACACAAGAAUUUGAGACAUCUUUUGAUGAUUCAAAUAUAGAUAAUGUAAAUGACAAACUUAAACUACCUGAAAAUAUCAUUGAAAGUAAUUCAACUAAUAAAGAUAACGAGAAUCCCUUAGAAAACUUAAAUAAUGAUAGAAAUUGUGGUAUUGAUGAUAAUAUACAAAAUGGCCAUUCAGUACUUGUAACCCAUGAGAAUGAUGUAAAUAUAAUCAAAGAUGAUCUGUCUGUUAAUAAAAUAUCAUUAGAUGAUAAUUGUACUGCUUUACUUGAUGAGUGUAUGCAAGUGGAACAGAAUAUAAAUAUACAAGACGUUUUUUCUGAUGUAGAUAUAAGUCCUAGCCCCAUUAUUAAAAUUAAUAAUGGAAACAAAUCAACAAACACCUCUCCUUUAGUGUAUAACCUUGAUUUGUUUGAAAAGUUUGAAAAAUUUGCUGUUCCUAUUAUUGAGGAGAACAAUGACAUAGACACAGUUAAACAUUUAAUCAAUUCACAAAUAUUAGGUAGAGAAUUGAUUUUACAGACAGAUUUUGAAACAGAACCAGAAUUUAGAACAGAGGAAAAGCAUAGUCCGAUUCUGAAAAUAUCAAAAACACCAAAGUCAGGCAUAGAAAAACAAGACUUUGCAUCAAACAAGUUAGAAGCAACAGCUGUUGACUUUUUUGAUGUUAAUAAGAAAAACUACGGAAAAAAAAAUAAACAAAGUCAGCAAUAUACAGACAUGUAUAAAGAACAGAAAAGAAGAAUAACAACAAUGAAGAAUGAACAAGAAAUUGAUUCUAAAAAUUUGGCAGAUGAAAUUCUAUUUAGUAGUGAUGAAGAACUUGAUAUAAACCCAACAGAACUAAAAGAUUUACCAUUCACAUGUUCCUUAGAAACAUCAUUUUAUGAUCAUUCAGAUGUUCUUGAAACAAAUAUGUAUGUGGGUUUUCAAACAGCUAGUAAUAAGUCAAUCCAAGUAUCAUCUGUCUCUUUCUCUAAGGCUAAAAGUUUUUUAGAUGAUGAAAAAGAUAUCAAAGUUUCUACUUUAAAAGACUUAGUGGAAAAAUGUGAUAUGAACCCUAAAUCAAUAUCUGAUCCAUGUCAUGAUGAUAAUUUCAAAAACACCGGUGGCACAGAUGUUCAUCUGAAAAAAUCAGAAGAUUUAGAUUUCGAUACGACAAGGGCUAGUGACACUGAAUUAGUUGGAUUUAAAACUGCCAAUGGAAAACCCAUAGAUAUAUUGAAUGAAAAUAUAGAAAAAGCGAAAACAUUAUUCAGUGAUAUUGACAAAAAUGAACUUACUAAAGAUUUAUUUCAAUUUAGCAGUAAAUUUGAUGGAUUUAAAACUGCAAGUAAUAAAAAUAUCAAUUUAUCUGAAAAAGCAAUGUCAAGAUGUAAAAGAGUUUUUCAAGACAUAGAUUUGGACAACGAUUACUGUGACAAAAACUUGCCAUCUGGAAUUGAACCUUGUCAUAAGAGAAUAAAAUACAGUUUAGAAAAAGAUAAAUGCAGGAAUGUAGCUAUUGAAAAAGAAGUACACGAAACAGAUAUUCCUAAAAUAGACGAAGACAUUUUACAGGAAUUUGAAGAUGAAAUGUCCUUUAAUGAAAAUAAAAACUGUAACUUUGAAGGUUUCAAAACUGCAAGUAAUAAGAGUAUUAAAAUUUCUGACAUUGCUCUUUUAAAAUCAAAGAAGAUUUUUGAUGAUAUCGACUUCCAAAAUAUGUCUGAAAAAAAUGUGAGAACUGAUUAUGAAGCAUCUUGUAAAGAAGAUAACAACUUUACAAAACACCCUAAUGUUGGCUUUAAAACAGCUAGCAAUAAAAUUAUAAGCAUUUCUGAUGAAGCCCUUGCUAGAACGAAAAAUGUAUUUCAAGAUAUAGAUAUUUCCAAUAUUGAUAGCAUAAAUAAUAGUACCGAUAACAAAAACAAUCUAUCAGAAGAUCGUUACACAGGUUUUGUAGGUUUUAAAACUGCUAGCAACAAAGAGAUUAAAGUUUCUGAAAGUGCUGUAGCAAAAUCUAAAGAUAUAUUUCAAGAUAUUGAAGUCUUUGAAAUAAAAAACUCAAUCCAAAAUAAAAAUGAUAGCAACACUACUGUAUUGAAAGAUAUUUAUCAACCGUCAACAAGCAAAGAAUGUUUUGUUGGUUUUAAAACUGCAAAUAACAAUAAAAUAUCUAUAUCUGAAGCAGCGUUGGCAAGAACGAAAAAUAUCUUUAAAGACUUAGACGAUAUACCAGAUACUAGACAAAAGCGUGGUACAAAAUUAAUUCAAGAUAUGAGUGGGAACUUACAUCAGAACUUUCAGUCAUCUGAUGCCAUAAAAUGUAAUGUCAAUUUAGAAAUGGAGAAUGAAUUGAAAAUUGAAGAAAACAUUUAUAUCAAUAACAAAUUUACAGGAUUUCAAACAGCUAGUAAUAAACCAGUUAAAAUUUCCAACAAUGCUAUCGUUAAAAGCAAAAUUGUUUACCAAGGUAUAUUAAAUGACAUUUCAGUUGAAAAUCUUGAUGCUGAUAACAAUAAAGUACAAAUACCACAUGCCGUGUUGGCAACAGAGAAAAACAUACUACAAGAUUCAAAUGAAGUGACAGAAACAAUAUCAUUUCAUGGUUUCCAAACGGCAAGUAAUAAAAAAGUAAACAUUUCGACUGAAGCAUUAGCUAAAAGUAGAAAGAUUUUUGAUAAUUUGGAAAAAGAUAAUGACGAAUCAGACGAAUCAAGAACUUUUAACACGAAACCUUUCAAAGGCUUUCAAACGGAUAGCAAUAAAGAAGUAAAAAUUAAUGCAGAUGCAUUAGCCAAAAGUAGAAAACUAUUUAAUGAUAUGGAGCUAUCGAUAGAAAACACUAUCGAUAAACCAGUAAUAAGCAACUUUGAUUUUGAAUGUGAAAGUAAAGAUAAAGUCACAAGUUUUGCCGGUUUUAAAACUGCUAGCAAUAAAAAUGUUAAAAUAUCAGGUGCAGCUUUGGAGAGAAGUAAAAUGAUAUUUCAAGAUAUGGAUAUAAUUGAAGAUACUGAAUUUAAAGUUGUGGAUAAUAGUACAAAUCCAGUAUUUGUAGGAUUUCAGACAGCUAGUAACAAAGAAGUUACAGUAUCAAAAGAAGCAUUAGCUAAAAGCAAAAAGUUAUUUGAAGAAGCACAAAAGGAUGUUAAUGUUGCACUGAAUAUAAAACCACAAUUAAAUAAUAAAAAUUAUGUUGAUGAAACUUCAAAUUUUGGCGGAUUUCAAACAGCUGGUAAUAAAAAAGUUAAAAUAUCCGCUGAAGCUUUAACAAAAAGCCGAAAGACAUUCCAAGAUCUGAACUGUAAAGAAAAUGAGUUCGAUCUUUUAGAAAAUAGCAAACAAACAGGUUUUAAGGGUUUUAAAACUGCAAGUGACAAGAACGUCGUGAUUUCUGAAGAUGCAUUGAGUAGAGGAAGACAAGUACUUAACGACGUGACAAAAAAUGAACGUAGAAAAGAUGCCAGCUAUCCGACUUUUAGUUUUAAAACUGCUAACAAUAAUAACAUCGAAAUAUCUGAAGAAGUUUUAUUAAAUUCUAAAAAAAUAUUCAUUAAAUUUGAUAAAAAUGAAAACAAAAAUCUCAAUGUAGACACAAAUAUAAAAUUAAAUACACAUGAUUCUAAUGUCGAUAAAACUGAACAUGAUUACAACAUAGAUAGACUAAUAGACACACAAGUAAUAAAGAAUUUCGAUGAAUCAUUGAACACGGAAGAUUUUAGAUCACCAGAAAACAAAUCAAAAAGAUCUGGAAGUCCCAUUCUGUCUUGUCCUAAAGCUAAAAAGCGUAAAUUCACAACGCCAUACAGAAAAGACAGCAUACAACCAACACAAGAACAUUUAAUUAAAAAAAUUGAAACAUAUGAAAAUGAUUAUAAGAAAAACAAAUUAUAUACAUUGAAAGAUUUAGAAAAACUUGAAAAUAGUAUGAAUAUAUCUGAAAUUACAACAGAUUUAAAUCUAGACAAUAUAAAAAUAGACGAUUUUGAGUUUACGGGCAAAAGAAAUGAUAUAUCCGAUACAAAAUUGUGUAUAGACAUGUUGAAAAUGCAAUUUAUGAAAGUAGUCAAUAAAAAAAUACUCCCAGAUGGAUGGUUCGAGAACCAUUACAAAUUAAUACUAUGGAAAUUGUUGAGUUACGAAAUAAAAUUUCCCAAAACUAUGUCAGGGUUGUGUACAGCGAAAAAUGUCUUGGCUCAACUGAAGUAUAGAUAUUUUAGAGAAUUGUACAAUGCUGAAAGGCCGGCUUUGAGAAAAAUCUUAGAGAGGGACGAUGUUGCAUCUAAACCAUUGAUUUUGUGUGUACAAGAUGUUUAUAAUUAUGGUAAAGAAAAAAGUGGUGCCAACCAAACGGAGCUACUCUUGACAGACGGUUGGUACAGCAUUAGGGCGUGUUUAGACAAGAUGUUGGUGAAAUACGUCAACGAUGGUAAAAUAAGAAUUGGAACAAAAAUCAUCACAAACGGAGCUGAGUUGAUGAAUUGUGAGCAAGGAGUAGCGCCGUGGGAGGACACAUCUUUAGUUCGCCUAAAGAUAUUCGGCAACUCAACGCGUCGCGCACGCUGGGAUUCCCGCCUCGGUUACCAUGGCGACGGCGCCAUCUUGUCUCAUCUGUCUGAUGUCAAACCCGAUGGCGGGAAAGUGGCGAAGCUACGGGUGGUCGUUACGAGGGUAUAUCCAGCGCUAUAUGUUGAGAAGUUUGAAGAUGGCAGCACUGUGACCCGCUCAGAACGCUUAGAACAUAUUCACCAAAUGAAGUAUGAAGCAGAAAGACAGGCGCUCGUGGAGAAAGUAUACGAAGAAGUGGAGAAAGAGAUUUCUGAUGUGGAAUCGCCAGAUACGGAAGAUUUUGAUGUUGGCAAGCGUUCGCUAGACAGCGGUUCUCAAAUAGCGAGGAUGUUGAAAAUUAGCAAGGAACCAUCACAGUUUAUGGCGAACCUGACAGACUCACAAAAGCGCCUCCUCGAAGCCUAUACAUCAUCAAAGAGGGACAGGAUAUUGCAGGAUAUACAAGACAAGAUUCGUAGUAGAGUGUCAACGGUCGGCAGGAGUGUGGUGCCGCUGGUGAAGGUCAGGGUCGCUGGGCUCCGCAGCGGGGGGGCUCAUAAAGCUCUGCUGUCGAUAUGGAAGCCCAACGAUGCUGUAUCUGAACUAAUCACAGAGGGCGCUUCAAUCGAGAUUCUAAAUGUCGUUCCCACAGCUAUAAGAUAUUCAGAACUCCAAUUAUCAGCAGGCAGACAAACAUUAUUCAAACAAGUAAACAUUAAAACACAAGAAUACAUACAACCAUACAUAAAAUCGUUAUGUCGAACUUGCUAUCUCAUUAAAGACAUUGUCAAAAAUCCAAAUAUGACAACCGAUUACAACGAAAUCGAUACCAUCGGUAUGGUCAUCCAAAUCGAACCAUCGCAUAGCGAUUUCAAAUCGAUUGACCAAUUUCAAAACGUCUACCUGACAGACGAAGAGAAGAAUAUUGUUUGCGUAAAUUUCUGGGGCGGAAUUAAAAAGUUCGGCUUCGAGAAUGUCUUAGAUACGGGGCAAAUAGUAGCUUGUGUUAAUUUACAGAAAAGAGCUGGCAACACUAGGAAAAAUAUUCCCCAAUACCGCGCGACGGAGUUCACGUAUUUCACUAAAACACCUAAAAGUGUUGACGCUAGGAAAUUAAUUGAUGAAUUGUCCAAGAAAGUAUUGAAAAAUGAAGAUUUUAUUGACAACUGUUUGGUUGUGAAAAAUAAUUUGUUGAAAAAUGUUUCCAAUGAAAAGAUUUCUCCAUAUAGGUUUCAUAAUCAUGAUUUAACGAAAAAUAAAGUUUAUAUCGAAUCUCCUUUGGCUAGAAUUAAAAAUGACGAGUUCAGUUUGUCCGGUCUAGAUUUUGAGUCUACUUUUAAACAAACAGAGCCGCAAGAAUUGUCCCCAAAGUCGUUAUUAAGGAAAAAAAGAAUUAACGAACGAAUAUCAAAAUUGGAAAUGUACGGCGAACCACCGCCUCUGAGCCCAAUAAACAUAAUAAACAAAUCUAAAAACGCUACGAAAUCUUUCAAAAGCCCCCUUUUGAAUUCCUGUGUUGCCACAACUCCAGUUGCCAGUGAAAAAAUGUUACCCGAAAAUAUGGGACAUGAAUUAAGUUGUAGUCCAGUGUUCUCAGUGCAUAGGUCUUUGAAAAAAGCUGUUAAUCCAGUUAAAUUAAAUUUUAAUAAUGUUGCCAUAGAUGAAAAUGAUAGUGUUGAUCAUUUCGCGGAAGAUUUUGAUCCUAGUCCGCCUUUAAGUUUAGAUUAAAAUGUAUACACAAAAAAGACAAAAGUAUAACUUUUUUUUAAUGGAUAUUGUUUUAUGUUUCAAAGAGCCUGUAGAGAAAGUGAAGAAAUUUUUUUUCUUCUGUUGGUUGGCAACUCUAAGACCAAUCAAUC